AUGGCUGAAGGUGGCAGUUCUUGUUUUUGUGAUGUAUGCGGCAAAACUUGCAAAACAAGUGACGCUCUCAAAAAACAUGAACGUUUACACAUGGAUUGUAAGACCCACUGUUGCAAAGUGUGUUACAAAACGUUCAUCAAGAGGAGUUACCUGAUACAACACGAGUCGACUCAUACGAAUGAUAAGCCCCACGUCUGCAAAUUAUGUUCCAAACGUUUUACUCAGAAAUCGAAUCUUAAGCUACACGAAUGGACCCACACGGGUCACAAGCCCUACAGCUGCAAGCAAUGUCCAAAAAGUUUUUCUCGUAAAUUCUGUCUCGAAGUGCACGAGCGGACACAUACGAGCAUCAAACCUUUCCAAUGCAAAUUUUGCUUAAAAAGUUUUGCUCAGAAAUCGAAUCUUACAGUACACGAACGGAGUCACACGAAUGAUAAGACCUACAGCUGCAAGGAAUGUCCAAAAAAUUUUACUUAUAAAUCUAGUCUCGAAGCACACAAGAGGAUUCACACGGUAAUCAAUCCGUACAGCUGCAAAACGUGUUCACAAAAUUUUACCAGUAAAAGAUGUCUUACGAUUCAUGAGCAGACUCACACAGGUGGCAAGACCUUCAGGUGUGAAUCGUGUUCCAAAGUUUUCACUUAUAAACAGAGUCUUAAGGUUCAUGAAUGGACCCACACGGGUCACAAGCCCUACAGCUGCAAGCAAUGUCCAAAAAGUUUUUCUCGUAAAUUCUGUCUCGAAGUGCACGAGCGGACACAUACGAGCAUCAAACCUUUCCAAUGCAAAUUUUGCUUAAAAAGUUUUGCUCAGAAAUCGAAUCUUACAGUACACGAACGGAGUCACACGAAUGAUGAGACCUACAGCUGCAAGGAAUGUCCAAAAAAUUUUACCUGUAAACGUAAUCUCGAAGCACACAAGUGGAUUAUUCACAUGGAAAUCAAGCCUUACAGAUGCAGCACGUGUUCAAGCAGUUUUGCUUAUAAAUUGAACCUUACGAAGCAUGAAAAAAGUCACGUGGGUCUCAAGCUCUUUGGCUGCAAAAUAUGUUUGCAAAGUUUCAUGCGAAAAGGGCAACUAUUGGCUCAUGAGCGGACUCACACAGGUGACAAGCCCUUCGAGUGCAAAUUUUGUUCCAAUCGUUUCACUCAGAAAUCAAAUCUUACAGUGCACGAGCGGAAUCACGUGGGUGAUAAGCCCUACAGUUGUGAGCGGUGCUCAAAAAGUUUCGUCCAGAGAUAUCUUCUUAAGAGGCACCAGUUGACCAAAGGGUGCAAUUCGCUUGACACAAAGUUGCUGCUACCCUCAUUUUCCAGUACUUUCACACAAGGAUCUCAGUUAUAA